AUGCUUUAUCUUUUUAACAAUUUACUAACUUUUCUUGUUUCAGUGUCAGGCUUCAACGCCAACAGCGACAGCUUCUCCCCGGCCGAGAUCGUACCCGACUCACCGGUGGCCUGGCAAGCCCCGGCAGAACACCAGCCGGCCGGGGAAGAAGUCGGCGUUUCGGGUGGCUUCGUAAGUUACCUUCUUUCUGUUUUUUACCUUAUUUUAGGCUUCUUUUGCUGAUUGUUAGUCUAAAAACUCAAUUUUGCUGAAACUUUAUACCUAAAAUGUGUGUUUUAUACCUAAUUUUGAUACCUAUUUCUCAUUUUUCUGAUUUCAGGGCCUCAAUGUCCAAGAGACGCCCGUCAGCUGGAUGGCAGGCUCGGCCGUAAGACCACUCCGGAGCCUCGCGUCCGUCCUGGGUCUCACCCUGAGCCCAGAGGUGAACCAGGACGCGAGCCCUCGACCACCCAUUGCCACGGUCGAGGGGUGGUCCUCGCCAGACCACACCAUGGUCCCUCCCCCUGGCUCGGUAAGUGCUGAAUUUGAUAUUUUGACUAGUUUUAAAGCUUUUUUACUUUAAAAACAAGCUUUCUUUAGAAUUUUUAGCCCAAAAACCACAUAUUUUAGCCAAAAUUCAAUCAAAAACAACAAUAUAUACCUCAUUUUCCAGUUUAUCACAAGUAUAAUAACAAAAACAUGUAACAUAACGUACUUACAACCAUAUUUUUUCAGCCUUUCCUUGGAGAGCCAGGUCUUGCCCAGCUUCAGGGACCAUCAAGGCGCGACAAAACCCCGCCCGCUCGACCCCAUCCGUACAAACGCUGGGGGCGUUCUCCGAGACAAGCCUCACCCUCGGACCUCCCCGGUCCGAGUGGUUGGCUCAUGACGUCAACACCAGUCGGAGCCACAGUUUGGCACAGCGUCGAUCAGGUAAGUAGACAGAUUCUGAAAAGAAGCAGCUAUAUUACAUAA